GGCUGUAUUAGAGAUCACUGCUGGUAGUCAUAGAAUAGUCUGUGCACUGCUCAAUAAACCAGGUCCAGUCCAAAACCAUCCCUUGAGCACUUUCUCUAAGCCAUGGAUGGGCAACUUGCAUAUGCGAGGUUGAAAACGGCCCGGACUAUCAUUUAAAAUGGCCCUUGGUUAAAAAUAUGAUUAUUGUUUGACAGCAUCGUUCAUUGACUUGUUUCAUUUAAGUAAAUUUACCACUACCCUCAAUUACUAAAAGGUCCCUCAUAGAACAAGACCUAAGACACUGGCUAAAUAUAGCUAUACACCGUCACUUGUUUACCGCCGCUGUAAUGCUAAUGGUGUCCCUGGGGGGUUUUCAUUGUUAAGUUAGCACCAAGCCAGGGGUGCUAUAUGUUCAAGCCUGAUGGCAGCUCAGCUUUCAACAUGGACAUUUGAAGCUUUUAACAGACAGGUGAUUUUAACUUAAAUACUGGCAGAAUAUGGUAGAAUUUCUCACAGACUGUAAUGCUGUACCCAAUGAUUUAUCACAGCGGUGGUGAAACUGUGGUCCUGGUGGGCUAAUAAAUAGGUAACAAAGUUAUUUUUAACUUGUUUGGAGACAAAAUAAUCAAGCUUAACUCUGUAGUUCACUUUUUAAUUAGUCAGAUUAUUAUCUGCACUUGCCUUUUUUGGGGAUUUCCUACUUGGUGAAGUUGAAAGAUGAAGUAAAGUUACAUUUUGAAGACUCAAAAGUGCUUUUGAAGCUCUGGAACUUGAACAUUUGGGGAAUAAAUACUGAAUUAGAAUCAGACUAUGUGACACUUAAAUUAGAGGUUAGGAAGUCUACUGUGUGGGAGUUCUCACGUAGUUUUGGCCUCUAGUAAUGAGGAGAAAAGGUAAUAGGCCCUCAUCAUCACCCAUCCCUGCCCUGAGCGUAGAUUUGAAGGACUGGAUAUUUGGGGGCAGAGGUAUUCGUUUGAUGUCUAUCCAAGUCUUUUUAUCCCUGUGGUGAGUACUGACGAAGGGCUAGGGAUUGGUUGAGGACUGGACCUACAGAUGGCUUCCAUUCACAUAAAGGAAAAACUAUACUGUUGAUGGUCAUCUUGUCUGUAGCUGUGGCAUCUUAACUUAGAAUCUGACAGAGAUACAGCAUUUUGCAAAACCCAGAAUACAAAACUAAUGUCCCUAUAGAAGCUUUUCCUACUCGGGUGUAAAAAUAUCAAAUACCAUGAUAUACGAAAACAUUAUUAAUAAGUCCAAGUAAUCAUACUAUUACUGAUUUACACGCUUGGGGUGCAAAAAGAAAGGUGUCAAAAAUGGUUCUCUGGAGUGAUGCCACAGAAGAACCACUCUUGGUUCCCUAAAGAACCAAAAAUGUCAAUAAAUGGUUCUUUAAAGAGCCAUUUUUGUGAAUGAGAUGUGUGAAGAACCUUUAUUUUGAAGAGCACUCAAGGUCGUUUGGAAAAGCAAGACGUGGACGAUUUGUUCGACCUCUAGAUUCUAAUUCUCCUGUUUGCUUUUAUCUCGCACAGCUCAGUAGAACAUCUCUUUCACAGCGUCAUUAUCACUGCGCUUGAUCCAGUCCAUCUUGUAGAGCACACUAUGAUGGACGUAUCCUGGUGUCCCCUGUCCCUGGCUGUCUCUCUCUCUCUGCUAUCAGCGGAGUCCGGCGCCUGUCAGUAAUCGCGAUCCUUUUGGCAAUGCGUCCCUCAGCAGCAGCAGCACAUCAGGCUCGUGCAAGGGCAGUGAUGGAAGCCCCACCCCCAGGCGUCACAUGAAGUACACCUCCUGCACAGAUAACCAUGGCAUCAAACCCCCUCCCCCGGAGCAAUACCUGACCCCUCUGCAGCAGAAGGAGGUAUGCAUCAGACAUUUGAGGGCGCGGCUCAAAGACACCAUCGAAAGACUACAGGACAGGGACUCAGAAAUCGAUGAGCUGCGGACUCAGCUGUCCCGGAUGCAGGAGGACUGGAUUGAGGAAGAAUGUCACCGUGUGGAGGCCCAGCUGGCCCUGAAGGAGGCACGCCGGGAGAUCCAACAACUCAAGCAGGUGGUCGAUGUUGUGCGUUCCAGCCUGGGUGAGACAGACACAGGCGUGCAAAAGUGCUUCCAAGACAUUAAUGUGCAGAACCACAAGCUGGAGACCCUCCUGCAGAACAUGGAGCUGGCCCAGGCUGGAGGGGCCAAGGAAGUUGAAGCUCUGGACUCCGGGGGAGGGGUGGUGGGGGCAGGGCUGGGGGUCGGCGAGUGUCUGGUGAGGUCCUGUGAAGGCUCUCCAGCACGCUCAGUGACACGCAGCUCUACCUACACCAAGCUGAGCGACCAGGCAGCGGUGGAGCGCAAUGGAAGCGGUAGCGGCUCAGACUUGCCGUGCCUGUCGGGGGAUGGCACUCAGGACAGCGGUUUCGUGUGCUGUGGAGAGGCAUCUUUGGGUCCAGCGUCCCGGGCCGAACUGCUGCUGGAGGCUGCUUGCCUGUCAGAGGAGACAGCCUCACUGCUCAGUGCCUGCUCACGCCUGCCGCACUCAGCCACUUACGAUGGGCUAUGCUGCAGAGAUCGCCGGGCGCUACUGCUCCGCUGUGGCCUGGGCAGGACGACGGGAGUAGGUGGAGGACCCAGCGUGAGCCUCAGUCACCCCUGCCUGUCACACCACCACCUAUAUCUGCACCACCUGCGAGAGCAGGCCAUCCAGACAGAGUAUGACCAGGGGCCAGCAUCUGCCCCAGCCCACGGCCCCAGUGCACCCUUCAACACCGACUUGGACACCAUCGCCGAGCGCACCUUCCGCUCGCAGGCCUGCAGCCCAACUUCCACCUGGUUGUCAGAUGAGGGGGAUGACUUGGACUCGGUUGCCACAGAAUCAGUCGUCACGGCCACAGUUGCCAUGGAAAGUAUCUUCACAGACUCCGUAGCCACCGAGUCCAUGCCAACAGCAGGUAUUGUCCUGCAGUCUACCUCCUUGCCCCCUGAUGCGGUGGAAUCAGCUAAUCCAGUGGAGUCUAUGUUUAUGGAGGAUGUUGUGACCCAUCAGCCUGGUAUCUUACCAUCUGUUGCAGAGGGAUCCACUAGAAAAGCAUCUGUUUCUGGCGAAUUGAUUGUUACAGAGAAUGUUGCUGCAGAGUCUUUUUCUGUGGCAAGCAAAGCUACAGUAACUGAUACUGCUGCUGUUCCUCCUACUCUAAACCCACAGCCAAGCAGCCCAACUUCUGUCCCCUGCAUUAUGCAAGUAGCACUACUGGAGGACAAAACAGAGCCCUCCCCACAAACCUCGCAGCCACAAAGCAUUGCUUCCCAGGGAGAGCAGACCAGCAUCAGCGGUGUCACUGUGGUAGAAAUGGAGGAGGACAAUGACGACGAGCAAGGAGCAGAGGCUGGAGCAGACGACCCCAGGUCUUCUGGCUGUGGUGUCCCCAUCAAAAGCUACUGGAGCCGCCACUUCCUGGUGGAUCUUCUAGCCGUGGCAGUGCCGGUAGUGCCCACGGUGGCAUGGUUGUGCCGGGGACCACGGCAGGGUGGGCAGCCCAUGUACCACAUAGGGGCCCUGCUGCGCGGCUGCUGCACUGUGGCCCUCCACUCCCUGCGCCGCGGGGGAAGCAUGCGACAUUACCCUGCAGGGGGAGGAGGGGCAGGGGGUGUGAGUAUAUGAUAUCAUGGCCCUGGAGCUCCUCACAGCACUGUUCACGGACUGGACAUGCACACAGAUUAUGGAGUGCUAUGAACAUCCGAAGCAAAGCCGAGUUAGGGGUAAAACUGGGACUGCAUCGGUCGGCUAAUAAAACAACUGUUGCCAUGGAAUCCUAACCAUAACAGCUCUGGUCCUGCUGUAGUCUUUAAGAAAGGAUGGGGAGAGAGAAGGGAGAACGGUAUGUACUAGCAAAUCGUAGUUGAAUUAUUGUCAACCCUUGUUGGUUUUUGUAACGGUCGCCCUUACCUUUAAAACCUCACCUGUGACCCCUUUCUCCAAGACUAGUUGGCAGGACAAGGAGCUGCUGUGUAUGUGACGCACAUCUGAUGGACACCUGGCGGAGAUCUGACACACACCAAAUGCUCCCACGCACAUUUGUGGCACAGAAUACUCCUUGUUUGCCUGACACUGAUUGUACCUUCCAGGGAGUUAAGAAACGGCGAGAAAAAGGACUGAAUGCCUGGUUCUCUGUCUUCCUUCUUCCUUCCCCUUAGUUUACCCCUCUGGCUGUUAUGGUUUAAACCAGUAAAAGAAGGCUGGUUUGUAAUACCUUAUGUGUGCGUUGAUACAUGUGAGUGGGUGUUUGUGUUGUGGUCUCUGUGUAGUGUAGCCAAAGCACCUGAACGAUUAAAGGAGGUUGUUACUGUAGCAGUUCUAGGUAGGCUAUUCCUCCCAUUAUGCCUGACUAACGGCCUUUGACAUAUGGCGGUCAUUUUUCCCCUAAAGGAAACGGGCUAGUUGCUACUACCAAGCUAUUUAAACGCUUUGCAUAUACCACCAGUGUCACUCCUAGAAUUAAGUCCAUAAGAAAUGCAUUAAAAAUAUUAUCUUUAUAAAAAUAAUAUCUUUAUUCUGUUAUUUGAAGCCAAAUUUAGUAGUGUAUGGUAAACAAGGAUUCCUGCAUUAUAACGAUGUAUUUGGUCUUUUGAUUGUUACACAUGGAAGGAUGAAAGAGGUAAAACGAUGCAUGGAAAAGAAGCAGUCAUACAGAGUUUAUAGUAAUACUGGCUCUUACUGACAUUGAUCAGGAUUUAAGGACUGUACCAGGGUCUAUGUGAAGUCUCUGUGGGUACAUUUCUUGUUGUUUUUGCACUUUGAGAGACGGUCAGUGUGUGUAUUCCCUUUACUUUAAAUGUAAUGUUAGUGUCAUUUUUCAACGUUCUGUGUUUCUCGCCAUCUGAAAAGCUAUGUCAAUCAGAACGUGUUGGAAAUGUUGGUUUUUUUUCCACUGUAGAGUAACGUACUGACGUCAAUUGCACUAAAAUUCACUUUAUUGGCAGUUACUUGAACUUUAGCGUGUUUGUGUAUGUAAAAUCCAAUGUAUCUACGUGUUUGCAGAUCAGAUGUUGAGCAGAAACCACCUCAUCAGUCGUGUACGCCUGCAUUCAUGCACCAGCCACUUCAUUAGAAAAACCUACCUAGCUUGAUCCAGUUAAGAAACUGUGGCCCAUCUAUUGCCAUGCAGUUGGUGUUAGCCAUCCUGACAAUGUUCGUUUUCUGUAUAAACACCAGCAACGUUAGGGUUCUGCAGUACGCCCACUACCACAUCUCUACCAUGUCCAACUCCAAAUCUUGUGUUGUCACCCUAAUCCUUCUGGCUUGUGUGUUGAGAACAGGCUCCCACUCAGAUUGUAUCUGGCCAAUACUGGCCAAAAGGGUAUAGGAUGGCUGACAGACAGAUAGGCUACAAUGUGUUAUAUUUCAGCUGUAAAUAUAAGGGAUUUGUAAGAUAGGUGGUCAAAAAGCGGCCAGUGAACAGAAGUCAAAGUUUCUAAUGAAGUGGAUGGUGAGUGUAGAUGUACAUUUUUUAAAUAAUAAGGGUAAAAUCAAAGAGGCCUGGUCCCAUUUCUUCUUUUUACCCCUACCCCUUGUUUUCAAGUGUCACCUUAACCCCUUGGAACUGAGUUACAAGGGGUAGAUUUUGAAAUCUUGCCCUACAAAAUGGGACCCUCAAAUAAAAAAAUAACAGCUUUAACAGCCACUAGUGCUGCUCUGUAGGCAACCUGGCCUCAAUUCAGUGAAAGUGAGCUCCUCACUGCUGGGCUUUAGUGACGUUUAGGGCAUCAUACGCCUUCAAAGAGGGGCAUAAGACAAUUAUUUAGCCCACCGCUAACUCUUUAGUGAUAUGAAACUGAAGUCAGCUAUUCACCAGUUUCUUGUUCACAUGUUCCCGUUCCACCUUAAAUGGUGCAGCAGUCACAUUCUGGCACUUCAGGUGUCAGAACUGCUGGACUAUUUAAGGUGGAGCAGAAAGUUAGAUAGCUAGCAACCAAAACAGUAGCAUGCUAUUAGCGACCUUUUAUGAAGAAAACGAUCAUAAUACAUCGAAACGUUAUUAAACUGAGACGAAACAGCGGUUAUCGUGAUUUUAAACAGAGAAAAUUCUCACGUUUGUGGGUUUCUCUGGUCGCUCGCGCGCCCAUCUUGCCGGUUUUUCUUUGUUUUUUCUCAUAACACCUUGUUUGGAGUCUCUGAAAACCUCCGUUUGGAGAACCAUAUAGCCCUAACACGUCGCCCUACCCCUCUAUCUCAACAUAAAUCAGGACACCUUACCCCAACGUGAAUGCGCAAAACAGAGGGCUAAGGGCUGAGCGGUAGGGGCCAGGGGUGAAAUGGGAUCAGGCCUUAGAAGUAUCCUAGAGAAAUCAUAAUGCUCUGGAUGUUUUUUCUCUCUUAGCCAUCAGUAACAGCUGCCUUUCGGUCUACACUCCCCGCCCUGAUGUGUGUGGAGUGACUGCUUUGUCUCGCUGUGCUCUGGCUUCUGUGUACUGUAGUGUGCAUUAAGUGACUGUGGCCCUUUAGGGUUUUCCAGCUUUUGUGGUCGCUGUUUUCACUUGAAAUCAUAUGACAAUCUUUUUGUUGCGCUUUGUGUAACGACAGAUAUUCACCACUAAUUUGGAAGUGCAGCUUUGAUUGAAUACCCCGGCCUCGUUCAGGCUCUUCUAGCACAUACUUGUGAUUGUAUGAUGAUGAAAGUAUAUAAGAUUAUAAAAUGUUAUAAUUCAUUUGUGUCUUUCAAUGUUAAGAUUACGAAUGAGUGGCCUUUGUGUUGGUUCUGAUGUGAUCGAAAAAACGACCCAAAAAUCCAUUACCUCUAGUUAGCCAUUGGAAUAACAAAUGACCUUAGAUGCUGUUGCAAAGCCUGACGUUUGUACUGAAAGCGGCAUACAAGGCCUUGACAUGCUUUUCUUGAAGCCAUAUUCUACUGGAGGUGUGUAUGUAGACCCUUCAUUCUGGUCAGUAAUAAUGUACGACUCCUCACGUGGUAGUAAGGGGGUUCUGUUAAUGUGUGUGUGCACUUCUGUGUGUUGUGUAAAGCCUGAAACAACCUGGAAAUGCUUAGGGAUAUUUGUGCUGCAUCUCAGUCUUUUUGUUCCCUUCGAUGCCUCAUGUCUUACAAGAUACUAUAACCUCUGAAUGAUAGAGAUUUAUGAGUCAUCAUAUUGUAAGGGUUGGCCCCAGACAAACCAGUAUGUGCAGCAAUUAGUUCAUGUCCUAAUGAAUUCAUUAAUGACCAGGACAGAGGCUUCAAGCGAACCAUCGCAAAGCCACAAAUCAUUACAUCCUCAAAUAGAGGUAUACAUUCAGUCUCUUCGCCAAACACUGCAAAGCUUCUGGAAUAAAGGCAGGCCAGUACUGCUUACACUGCUGUGCUGUGGAGCAUAAUAUAGACCUGGCAUCUUUCUUUUGAGGCUGAGCUUUACCUUCCAUAUUCUACCAAUUUAGCAAGCGGGUCAUUCUACAGGAACAUCCGCUUUUCUGUCUGUCCAUAGGAGUCACUGGUGUCACUGAUCGUCAUCGGUGUUACGCACUAGAAAGGUAACACCAGAGACAUUUUUUCAUGGAAAACUCAUUUUCGGAAAUGGCUGAUACCGAACAUCAAACCACAUGUUGUCAGUCACGGAACGUCCACUAAAAUAUGCCAUUUAACCCAUUUCUAUUCUACUUUUCCACAGUUACCCAAGAAUAGAGUCGGUCACACCAGUGACGUCAACUAAGAGCUUCAUAUGAAAUCAUGAGCUGAAUGAGCAAAUCUCUGAUAACUGAAAGACACGGUGGACUCGCCAUGUGCUUUUCUACAUAGAUCCUCAGAAAACAGGUAAAGGGAAGUAGAGCGAUGUCAUCAGUGAGACUUUUAUUUCAAAAUAAGAGUCACGCAGUAACACCGGUGACACGACUCCUGGGGACCCCAACUUUCUUAAUAUAUUAAAUUUUUUUUGCCAUUAGUUUUCUUUGUCAUCUAAUUCAUAUAUUUCUUAGUCAUGUAUAGAUAAUUGUAGUUAAGAUUGCAGUGUUUUUUUUUUCCCUCAAAAUAUGGCCUCAGCCUUUACACACGACUCUGAGGACGAGCUCUUCUGACUUGGUUAGAAUUCUGCAUAAAUGAUUUAAAAACCAGUAUUGCUAAAUUGAUGCUCAAGGUGGAAUUGUCAAAAUAACGUAUGGUAUUAUCUCAAAAAUAUAAAUAAAUUGUAACCCUAUCAUGUUUUUCACGUGUAAUGUAUCUGUAAACACUAGGGACACAAAAAUGGACAUUUCUGUAGAAUGACCCAUACAGCAGAAAAGGUUAUAUUUGAUAGGAGGCAACUUGCAUAGGUUUAAACUUCAUAUCUUUUCUAGUAAAUCAAAAGAACAUAGAGCAGGAUCAUUGAUAAUUCAGUUCUUAAGACUGACAGGAUUGAUAAGGUCGGACUUUUCAGCUUCCCCUAUUAAUAUAGAAUUCCUGCACAUACACACAUUUCAUGAAUGUUACAGUGGUUUUUAAUAGACCUCUUUGAUCGUCUAAGAAUCUGGAUUCUUCAUUUUGAACGUUUUUUGUUUGUUCUUGAGUCACGUUGUUCUUUCAGUGGACAUCAUAUUCAGUGUUUUGUUUCUGUUAAUGUUAGUGCUAUAUCAGUAUAUGAGUUCAUUCAAGUGGCUUCUUUAAAACACCCCAAUAGGGACGUGUAUGAAUAAGUCUGUUCACGUUAUCAGUGAGAAUAUAGUUGUAUAUCAGCUAUUUUAAUAGCAAUAGUAGUGUGUACAGGCAUCACUGUUCAUAGCUAUUACUCCAUUUCCACUCACUGCUCUGUAGAAACCAAAAGCCUCUAUAUUAAACAGCAUGGUGAAUAUUC